CACUGAUAGGUGGCACUGACUGGCAUCACUGCUGGGCACUGAGUGGCGGCACUGCUGGGCACUGACUGGCACAACCGCUGGGCACCUGACUGGUAGCACUGACUGGCAGCACUGCUGGGCUGCACUGAUGGGCACAGGUGGGCGGCACUGCUGGGCACAGGUGGGCGGCACUGCUGGGCACAGGUGGGCGGAUCUAGUGAGUGCACUGCUGGGCACAGGUGGGCGGGACUUGUGGGUGGCACUGCUGGGCACCGAUCAUCAGGGCACUGAUCAUCACGUGUCAUUGGACAUGUCUGAUCAC